AUGGAGCAAACAUUCAUCAUGAUCAAGCCCGAUGGUGUCCAAAGAGGACUCGUUGGUGAGAUUAUUUCAAGGUUUGAGAAGAAGGGUUUCACUCUCAAAGGUUUGAAGCUACUGACUGUUGAGCAAUCUUUUGCUGAGAAACACUACGAGGACCUGUCCAAAAAGCCGUUCUUUCCUGGGCUUGUACAGUAUAUUAUUUCUGGCCCUGUUGUCGCUAUGAUUUGGGAGGGCAAAGGUGUUGUUGUCACUGGCCGUAAGAUUAUUGGAGCCACAAAUCCUUCUGCUUCUGAACCUGGAACUAUCCGUGGUGAUUUUGCUAUUGAUGUUGGAAGAAAUGUUAUUCAUGGAAGCGACUCAGUUGAGAGUGCUAACAAGGAAAUUGGACUGUGGUUCCCUGAAGGCCCUACUAACUGGCAGAGCAGCCUUCACCCAUGGAUUUAUGAAUAA